AUGAUGGAAGAUAAGAGAAAAUUGGAGGAAGAUGAAGAAAAACAAGUUGGGGCUAAGAAGCAGAAAAAUGAUGAUGUAGCAGCACUAGAGGAACAAAAGAGUGAGGUCAAGAUUUCAGAAAACGAGGUCCUGAAGAGAAAUGUAUUAGUGCCACCCGAAAAGGAGCAUGGCCCUGUGGAUCGGAUUGAAAACAAAAUUAAACCAGAUGGUUUAAUUUCAGAAGAUGAAAUUAGUGGCUCAGCAGAGGAUGCUGGUGCGUCUGAGAAGGUUCCUGGAACUGCUACUGAGAAUGACCUUGUAGCUGCUACCAAGAAGAAAGACUACGCAAGCAAUGGUUCUGGUUCUGUUUCUGAAGAUGAGGACGUUGCUGUAACCAAGAAUGUUCUUGCAGCUGUGUCUUGUGGUGAAGAUGCUACUGCAACUAAAAACGAAGGGGGGAGAAUUAAAGAAGAAUCUGAAGAGGCUGACCCUCCAAAUAUUCAAGGGAUAAAGAAGUCUAUCUCAGUCUCAGAGAAUAGCAAUAUGUUAGAGGAGUCUCCUGAAGAGGAUGAAGAAGUUUCUACUGACAGAGAGACAGAAGACCCUUCCCGAAACCUCGAGAAAAUGAAUACUGAUGUAAAGACGAUUGAUGCUACACGUACUACGCCAAAUUCAGAGAAAGGGGGUUCCCUACCUGUGGAGGCUCCAAGGGCCCCUGCAACUCCGAGAGUUGAAACUACGGGCUCUAAAACUCUGUUUCUUGGGAAUCUGUGCUUCUCUAUCGAGCGGACUGAUGUCGAGGAGUUUUUCAAAGACGCUGGGGAACUUGUAGAUAUUCGCUUCGCUAUGAAUGAAGACGAUACAUUUAGGGGAUUUGGCUAUAUUGAGUUUGCUACUGUGGAAGCAGCUGAAAAGGCCCUCCGGGAAUUAAAUGGUAAACAUUUGCUGGGUCGUCGGGUGAGACUUGACUUCAAUAGGGAAAAGGGAUCCUACACACCACAUAGUGGCACAGGGACAAGCUCGAAUCAGACGGGAGGGAAAGCUCAAGGGCAAAAAAUAUUUAUUAGGGGGUUUGAUAAAAGAAACUGUGAAGAGAAGAUUAGAAGUGCACUGGGAGAUCAUUUUGUAUCUUGUGGGGAAAUUACAAAAAUUUCCAUUCCGAAAGAUCAAGAUGGUGGUGUUAAAGGCAUAGCUUAUAUUGAUUUCAAGGAUGCCGAUGCUUUUAACAAUGCUCUGGAGCUCAAUGGUUCUAAAUUUGAAGAGGCUACCUUGACAGUGGAAGGGGCAAGGCCUAGAGAUGAUGGUCGUGACAGUGCUUGGAGUGGCAGGAGUGGUGGUGGUAGAUUUGGAGGUCAUCGUGGAGGUGGCCGUGGAUAUGGUGGUCAUUUUGGAGGCGGUGGCCAUGGAUAUGGUGGUCAUUUUGGAGGCGGUGGCCAUGGAUAUGGUGGUCAUUUAGGAGGCGGGGGCCGUGGAUAUGAUGGCCAUUUUGGAGGCAGCCGUGGAUAUGGUGGCCAUUUUGGAGGCGAUGGCCGUGGAUAUGGUGGCCAUUUUGGAGAGGAUGGUGAUCUCUCUGCAAGCCAAGCAUGGCUACAGUUGGAAUUGGAAAGAGGAUGGACGAGAACAAGUAAGCUUAGGAGUACUAGAGAAAGAGAUGAGAUUGAGAGGAGCUAUGAAAAAGGAAUCCCUGUGUGCUCCUCUGGGAUUUGA